UUCUUAAAUUUAGCCAGAAAUUGGCCACAAUUAAUACAUUAUUGGACACGUAUCGAUUUGCUGUUUUUAAUGCCUCCCUAUAAACCACCUAAAUGGUCAUUACGUAAACAAUUACAUACACUACUAAUUGGUUUUUGGAUAACGGCUUUGGUGGAACAUUGUUUAUUUUAUGCUUCCGGUUAUUAUAAUUUCCGUAUGCGUCGUAUACACUGCCAUCCCGAUGAAGAAAAAUACUCUUUCAAGGACUAUAUACAGCUGGAUAUAUUCACAGAUAUUUUUACAUAUUUUCCCUACAAUAUAUUUGUGGCUGUUUAUGCAUUUUUUUUAAGCAGUACUUUUACGUUUUUGUGGAAUUUUUUGGAUUUUUUCAUAAUGUGCAUAAGUUUGGGACUGGCAACACGUUUUCAACAAUUUAAUACUCGUAUAGAAGUUUUGGCGGGUUGUUAUGUACCAGAUGCUGUUUGGUAUAAAAUACGUCGUGAACACAUCAUAUUGUGUGAAUUCAUGGAAAAAGUUAAUGAUCAAGUAUCAACAAUUGUGUUUCUAUCAUCACUUAACAACAUGUAUUUCAUUUGUAAUAAUUUAUUAAAUAUAUUUACAAAACUUCGUUAUCUGAUUAACUAUGUUUACUUUUGGUAUUCCUUGAUAUUUCUUUUAAGUCGUACCAUUUGUGUUUUUAUGUUUGCUUCGAAGAUUCAUGAUGCCUCAGUGUUACCUUUGCAGACUUUAUAUCUGGUUCCCAGUGGCUGUUGGACCGAAGAGGUCCAACGUUUUAGAGCACAAAUUUUAAAUGAAUUUAUCGGUUUGACAGGCAAACGAUUUUAUGGAAUGACUCGAAAGAAUUUAUUUGGGAUGAUGGCUACCAUUAUAACUUAUGAAUUUAUGCUUUUGCAGUUAGAUAAUAAAAAUAAAGAAAAUUCUUUACCCGAUUUAUGUACUUAA